AUGCCACGAGCAGCCAGAGAAGCUGCAGAGUCACCCUCUAUGCAGAAUGGAGGCAUCCAGACAGAAGACUGGUCGGACAGGGUCAGCGAGCCAUCCUCACACGGCAGCGAUCGAAUGCAAUUUAAUGGCGAUGGGCUGAACACCGGUGUUCGAGUAUUAAGCGAUGGUCGACUGGAUAUCAAGAUUAACGAACAUAAGCCUAGUCUAGCUGGGAUUUUACAACACUUAGGGGCAACCCCGAUACCAUCAGAGCUCUCACGAACCAAUUCCAGAGCUUCCAGAGCUUCCAGAGCUUCCAGAGCGAGCUCUCAAAAAGUCGAUGGGAAGCAUUUCCCACUCAACCUCAACAUCGUUAUUCAAGUCAUCGGGUCGCGAGGCGAUAUUCAACCAUUCCUCGCAAUUGGACAGGAACUCAAGAAGCAUGGACAUCGUGUCCGACUUGCCACCCACUUGGCCUUCCGGGAGUUUGUUACCGAUGGUGGACUGGAAUUUUUCAAUAUCGGUGGAGACCCCGCAGAACUGAUGGCCUUCAUGGUGAAGAACCCCGGCCUUCUCCCAAACAUGGCCACGCUCCGGAGCGGCGCAAUCCAGAAGCGCCGAAGAGAGAUGAAGGAAAUUAUCGAGGGAUGCUGGAAAUCCUGUUUUGAGAUGGGCGACGGAACACACAUGCACCAGAUCAAGGAUGAUCCUUUCAGCGAUGAUGUGGAUUACCGGAGGCGUCCUUUUGUUGCGGAUGCUAUCAUUGCCAAUCCGCCUAGUCUUGCUCAUAUCCAUUGUGCGCAGCGAUUGGGCAUACCUUUGCAUAUUAUGUUCACAAUGCCGUGGUCGCCUACACAGUCUUUCCCACAUCCGUUGGCUAUUCUUCAUCAGAAAGAUUGUCAACCAACAGUCGCAAAUUUCGUUUCUUACGCUAUCGUCGACAUGAUGGUAUGGGAAGGUCUGGGCGAUCUCGUGAAUAAGUUCCGCAAGAACGUACUAGCCCUCGACCCGUUGGAUAGCAUCACCGCACCAAGUAUAAUACACCGAUUACAGAUUCCGUGCUCCUAUCUCUGGUCACCCGCUGUUCUUCCCAAACCCUUGGACUGGGGCGACAAUAUUGAUAUCUGCGGAUUCAGCUUCCUCCCAGCAAAGUCAGACUACGCACCUCCGAAUGAUAUCAAAGAGUUCUUAGAAGCGGGACCGACGCCGAUUUAUGUCGGAUUUGGCUCAAUUGUUGUCGACGACCAAAUCAAAUUGACCAAGAUUGUGUUCGAAGCCGUCAAGAAGUCCGGUCAACGCGCAAUUAUUUCAAGAGGCUGGGGUAAUCUGGGAGUCGACGAAGUCGAUGUCCCAGAAAACAUCUUACUCAUCGGAAGCUGCCCCCACGAUUGGCUUUUCCAGCAAGUCUCAUGUGUGAUCCACCACGGUGGCGCCGGCACAACAGCAGCAGGUCUUGCGCUUGGACGUCCAACCAUCAUCAUUCCGUUCUUCGGAGACCAAGAGUUCUGGGGACAUAUCGUUGCGAGAGCAGGCGCAGGUCCGGUCCCGAUCCCACACAAGCGACUCACUGCGGAGAACCUAAGCGCUGCGAUUGAGAUGGCACUGAAAGAUUCUACAAAGGAAAUGGCACAGGCGAUCGCGAAGAAAAUGGAAAAUGAGUCUGGAGUAAAUGAAGGAGCUUGCAGCUUUCAUCGUCAAGUUGACAUCAAACCUUUGCGAUGCGCAAUAUGCCCUAGGCGCCCUGCGGUGUGGCAUAUCAAACAUACCACGGUCGGUCUGAGCGCGUUCGCAGCAUCAACGUUGGUUGAAAUGGGCAAACUGGAUCCUGAAAAUCUUGUGUUAAAUCGCCCUGUGGAAUACGACACAUAUCGCGACCCUGUUGGGCCGAUCAGUGCCAGCGCCCAGGUGCUAUUUGGUGCCGUUGCGAACUUCAUUAUUGGAAUCGCCGAUGUCCCUGCCGAGAUGGUCAGUGACCUAGUCGCAGCUGGAAAGCAGCUGGGCCAUAAUCAUCAAGCUCAUCCUGCCGACCCUCGCCGCAAAUGGCGUAUGCGCAAGACGCAUAAUGAAGACGAACUUGCCAGCGAGGAAGACUCACAGGAGCAGACGGUACAGCGGAAACGUGGAAAAUCCGAGGAAACCACGAACAAUGCUCAUAGCGAUUCAUCCCAUGAUUCUCUCGCUCAACCUGCAAAUGCAGAAACCCGCUCGAGCGAGCCUCUCAGUGGUGAAGAAACUGGAAGCGAUGACAGUGUCUCGAACUCGAGUGUUCUUCUUCCAGAUGCCGGUAUCGAUCGAGUACGCAGUCUGCAAUUGGAAAAGACGCAGACGAUGAGCAGUGAAAUCACACCCUCCAAACCUCGUGGUUUCUUCGGGGAAGUGGGGAUCCAUGGAGGGAGAAUGGGGAAGAAGUUUGUCAACUUCGUGAUCUGGCUUCCGACAGACCUUACCCUCAGCAUGUCGAAGGGCUUCCAUAAUGCACCCAAGCUGUAUCAUGACCCCACGGUCAAGUCAAUUCCAAAGGUCCAUGGAAUUCGGAGUGGGUUUAGGGCUGCUGGUCAGGAACUUCGGGAUGGAUUCUAUUACGGUGUUACCGGCCUAGUCACUCACCCUCGACGUGGAUACAAGGAGAAAGGUGCAAAAGGAAUGAUGAAAGGGGUAGGCAAAGGUCUUGGUGGAGUAUUCCUCAAGCCACCAGCUGGUCUCUGGGGACUCGCCGGAUAUCCUCUGUCUGGAGUUCGACGCAAUUUGUUAGAAUCUUUGGGCAAGGCCCAGGAAGGCCAAAUUGUGGCGUCACGUAUCGCCCAAGGACUCGAAGAGAUGCGAAACUCGUCCGCCGAGGACAGAUUGGAGGUAGCCAGACAGUGGGUUUUAUUGGAGGAAAAGCUUCGCCCGACGAAUCGGAGGUGUGGUCGCUCCCAUUCACACUCGCAAACUCACCCCCACGCACUUACAUACACUGCUUCAUCUGGGAUGGCCGCCUAA